AUGGUUAAGAAAGUUAAUAAUCCGCUAAAAAUCGAUUAUCAGAACGGGAUAAUAGAAAAUCGGCUUCUGCAAAUUAGAAAUUUCAAAGAUGUAAAUACGCCCAAACUAAUCAAUGUAUGGAGUAUAAGAAUAGAUCCAAGAGACUCGAAGAAAGUAAUAGAGCUAAUUCGAAACGAUUUUCAGAAAAAUGACCCUGUUUCAUUGAGACAUUUGAAAAGGAUCCGCAAGGACAUCGAGACCUCCACCUUGGAAGUGGUGUUGUGUUCGAAAGAGUAUAUUUGCGACGAAGGUGAAAUAAACAAUAAAUUGAAGAGUAUUUGGGUUGGAACGAAAAAGUAUGAACUGAGUGAUGAUAUCGAAGUGCCUGAGUUUGCGCCCAGCACAAAGGAACUGAACAAUGCCUGGUCUGUGAAGUACUGGCCGUUGAUUUGGAACGGCAACCCCAAUGAUCAAAUAUUGAACGACUAUAAAAUAGACAUGCAGGAAGUACGAAAUGAGCUAUCGCGUGCGUCGACGUUGUCUGUGAAGAUGGCAACGGCAGGAAAACAGUUUCCAAUGGUGAGCGUCUUUGUUGACCCAUCAAGAAAGAAGGACAAAGUGGUGGCAGAAGAUGGCAGAAACUGCGAAAACUCGCUACCCAUCGACCACAGUGUAAUGGUGGGCAUCCGUGCGGUAGGCGAAAGACUCAGGGAGGGUGUAGACGAAGACGCAAACUCUUAUCUGUGUCUUGAUUACGACGUCUAUUUGACCCAUGAGCCGUGCUCAAUGUGCUCCAUGGCCCUGAUCCAUUCUCGUGUGAGACGAGUGGUCUUCCUUACAGAGAUGCAGCGCACCGGGAGCUUAAAAUUAACGAGUGGUGACGGGUACUGCAUGAACGAUAACAAACAGCUAAACUCAACAUACGAAGCCUUUCAAUGGAUCGGCGAGGAAUAUCCUGUGGGGCAGGUUGACCGGGAUGUCUGCUGCUAG